AUGUCCGUCGCUGAUGUCAUCCAUCGCCCCCCUUGGGCCGAAGAACGAAGGUUGCAACCCGUCGUCAAAAAGGACCACGACAACCCAACCGGCCAUGACAGUCCCGCAGGAAACCACUUCAACUUCAACGGCAACCGUUGCGCCCCCAAAUGCUCCUUCGGGCAUGCCGAGGCACCAUCGAGAGUGUGCGGUAGCGUUGUGAAGCGCCAACAUGCUGGAACCAUCGCGCCCAGAGAGCCACACCGCAAUAUCCGCAACCUGGUGGUUAGCAUCUGCUGUUGUUGUAUUAAACAGGCCCCUUCGAUGAACAGAGACGUCUUCAUCGAGGGCCAUGACGGCUUUCAAGACACGGGUACCCUGAAAGAGUUGGGUCCUGGGUUGUGUCUUGGUCUUUCGAGUCUGGCUGAGGUGUCGAUGUCUCAUGAGACCUGGGGCAUGAUCAACAUGUUCUUGAGGGUUGGCUCGCCCGUCCGGAGGGAUGAGACAAGCGACAUCAAUCACGACCUGCCACACAUCCCGUCGACUAUCAACCUUGCCGGCCAGGUUGGCAUCGACUCAAUUUGA